AUGCCGCCUAAGAGUAAAGCCGCUCCCACGCACACCGAGCACAAUGUCUACAUCACAAGUUCAGUCACCUUUGACAAUGGAAAAGACGAUUUCGGCAGACUCCAGAUCUACCAAGCCUUUUCAUCGCUGGACGAGGCCAAUGAGUUUUGUGAGGCCAAAGCUGAUGAGCUUGCUAUGCAUCUCGGAAUCGAAGCUCCCUCACCCACCCUCGACAAUUACUCCAAGGACGGCACCUUCAGAAUGGAGCUACCAUUGGAAAAUCGGAAGAGAGACGUCACCGUCGAGACACUCAUCAUGCCUCUGAUGGGCGGCAUCAUUAUGCAUGACAAGCCUGUAUCUCGCAAGACACCCAAGUCAACAAAAACUAGCAAACAGAAGCUCGCCAAAUCAAAAGCCAAGAUGUCUCAGGUCUCCGAUGAGGAAGGAGAACCCGAUCAGGAUGUCGACAUGGAUAGCGACCCUGUCUCGCCAAAGACCACCACAGCCAGCCGCAAGAAGUCCAAGGACUCAAAACAGGAUAAGGAGGCUGGAAAACGUGACUCUGUGGUCGAUCCGAAAACAGUCACCGAGGCCGAUAUUGCUGCAGCCCCUACUGGCACUGCUGAGUGUCUCAAUUUUUUCUCGUCAAUCACCAUAUUUGGCCACCACAGUCACUGGAGCGAAGAGCAACUGAAAGUGAUCGCUAGAACCUUCGGAGCCAGGGUCAACAAAACACUGCCCAUCUACAACGACUGGAACCACCAGCUCGUCAUUGGAGCCGAUGUACCCUCGAGCAUCUUGCGCCGAGUGAAGCAGAAGGAGUUCAAGCACAUCACUCCUGAUGAGCUUUUUGCUCGUAUCCGGGUUAUUCCUCUCCCACCUGGCGCACCUCCUGCCCCAGUUUUCACAAAGGAGGAGAUCGUCAAGCUUUGCAAGAAAGUCCCAGGCAAGCCAGUCGUGAGAAUGAGAAUCGUUAAGAAGAAGGAGUCGGACAGCGAUGAGGAUGUCAAACACUCCAAGGACGUGGAGUCCACCGAUGAGGAACUGUGA